CGGAGAUCAACCGACCAGUUCUCAUGGUCAAGUACUAUGACGGUGGCAGACAUUACCUUCUUCACACUGCAGUUACAGUACACAUCCUCUACUGGCUCAGGUCUCUCAAGCGAAACAUUCACAAAUACCAAGUAUGUGAGCAAGCAGAGGCUAGCUUAACUGCAGCUUGAUCUGCCAGUGCGACACCGACCGAACCAUGUUUACUUCACGCCAUGCCGAAGACCAAUUCCGGCUCCGGAUGCACCGGGCGCGCUCCGUCGAGCUGACCAACGACGAGCUGGUCGAGGUGCGGGCGGCGCAGCGGACGUUCGAGGGCGCCUACAUCCGCACCUCCCUGUCGCAGUUUUCGUUCGCCCUGAUUGUGCUCAAGAUCUUCACCUCGGAAUUCUACUCCAUCGGCGCCCUGUUUGCUGUUUAUGGCGCGGGUGUGCUGCUGGUCAGCGCAUACCGUCGUCAACAGGGCAAUCGCCAGUUCUUCAGCGAGAUCGGCGACGACGGCCUCGGCAGGAAACGCUUCAGAACUAGUGGUAACGUCGUCGUUGCCUUGACGGCUCUCAGUAUUGCUGCAUACAUUACUUUGCUCGUCCUGACUUUGAAGUUGGAGAACUGAGGUCAAGCCAUGGGAUUGGGUGGGAGAAGAUGCAGUGCAUGAAGCAAACAAACCGCGAUCCACGAUAUAGAACCGAGAUGGUCUAUGCCCCAUGGCUCGCUUAAAUGAACGUGGCACCGAUCGAUGUCAAUCUGUUCACCUGUUAUCCCGAUGCGAAGGGUUAUACGCACACCAAUGUCUGAGAAGACAGGAUGCCGGGACAUCUCCCGCUCCAAGUCAGCUAGACCUCGCUCUAUGCUGCAAUAACAGCGCCUUGCUCAGACAGAAGUUACUGUCAGCAGCAUCACGACUUCGCUACCCCGUUAUACCCGACUUCAACAACUGGGCAGCAUGGCGAGAUGGCACAACAAGACGGAAUUCUUGAACAAUUCUGACUUGGCACCAUAGAGCACUGUAUUUGAAUCUAUCCUCACACGGCCUGCGAACGUCAACUGCAACGCGAUUAGAGUGCCUUCAUCAAGCACUAUUCAAGAGAGACAUGGCGGUCCAUUCAGAUGGGCAUCGGCACCGCUUUGCAUGCGGUAUCCCCGUGACUCUAGGCUUGCGGUGCUAGUAGGCAUGGACUCAUUGUGUCAUGCCUAGAAUUAAACACUGAAUUAUACUAGCAAAGCUGAGACCAGGGAAACUUCGAAUGGACAUAACAUAAGGCAUCGUACAUAGUUCGGCAUGACGCGACUGGUCCAGCCAAUUUCAGCAUCUUGCACCUCACGUGAAUUCCCAAUCAUCCUCUCCGUCCAUGGCCCGUUCCAUGGCUUCGAAUGCAGCCUUCGUCUCGUCAUCUUCGUCGUCCUGAGCAGUGCCGAUUUUUGUGCUACUUCUUCUACCCUUGGGGGCGUCCUCCGCAGCAUAUUCUACUGCCUCUCGUCCUUCGUCCUUUUCUUCGUCCUCGACGCCUCUACCCAUGGCGGCACCUUCGACGGCCAAUUUGUCAGCCGCAAUGUUGCCCGCGUUGUCCUGAUGACCCUUGACCCAGACGAAGAACGUGGCUUUCUUCAACUCGUCUCUCUCGUCGAUGCGGUCGCGGAUGUCGACGACAAGAUCCUUGUUCUCCACGGCCUUGCCCUUGGCAUUCAACCAGCCAUUUCUCUGCCAGUUGC